UGACCACCGCCUCCGCUGCGAGCACCCAGACCGACCCGGAUGCGGCGCCGACCACGUCCUUUGUAUUGCCGUCCAUGCCCGCCAAUGCCACGAUCUCGUCCGUUCCGAGGGGUCUCCCCGCGCGGAUAGUCGCGGGCAAUAUCAACUUCACAAAGCCGACUGGAUUCUCAAGAACGCACUGCAGGUCUACGUCCCUACCCAUACCAGUUCAUGGCAGCCGUUGAUGAGCUGUUGACCACAUUCCUCGCGUAUAUCCCGAGUGACUCACGUUCUUCCCUAGCUUCAUUGGCGUCGCGCGGCAGGUCGCCACCCGGGUCGACAGCAGGUCCCGCGUCAUGUCCCUCAGACCCGAAUGCGGGCUAGGAUGGGAGUUCAUCUGGCUCCGGAAUGUCAAGUUCCUCCGCCAAUGACAAUGCAGGUGCACGCAGCAGCAGCAAUAACCACCAGCACGCGACCAUCGGCAUCGUGUCGUCCCUCGGUGGUGCCACACUCAUUGUGUUCGCCCUGCUUGUCUUUCGCUCGCUUAAGCGCUGUCGUGAGUUCGUGCACCAGCGCCUCGGCGAGGAGCCGGAUACAUAUGUCGGCGCCCACCUGGAGGUGGGCAGCGCAAGACCGGCACCGAGCAGGAUGUACCAGCAUUGG